AUGGGCCAGUUCUUGUUCUCUGGCACUACCACAGCUCCCUUGCUAUUCCUCUUCUGUGUACUGCUUGCAAACCCCUUCGGAGGCGGAGGAAGAGUGGCGGAUGGCGCCACAUUUACGUUCGUGAACAAGUGCGAGUUCACUGUGUGGCCGGGAGUGCUGUCCAGCGCUGGCAGUCCUCCGCUGGGCACCACCGGGUUCGAGCUCCCGGUAGGUGGGUCCCUCGCCGUGCAAGCCCCCACCAGCUGGUCGGGCCGCUUCUGGGGCCGCACCGGCUGCGCAUCAGACCCCGCGGGUCGCGUCGUCUGUGCGACCGGUGACUGUGGUUCCGGGGAAGUCAAGUGCAACGGAGCUGGGGCGGCGCCUCCGGCCACAUUGGCGGAGUUCACACUGGACGGCUCAUCGGCUCUGGACUUCUACGACGUGAGCCUUGUGGAUGGGUACAACCUGCCGCUGGUCGUGGAGGCGAAGGGGGGGACGGGCGGAUGCCUCUCCACCGGCUGCCCAGUGGACCUCAACCUGCGGUGCCCGGCGGAGCUCCGUGCAGGGGCUGGCGAGGCCUGUCGAAGUGCCUGCGAGGCGUUCGGGAAUCCCGAAUACUGCUGCAGCGGCGAGUUCGCCACCCCCAGCACCUGCCGACCAUCUGUCUACUCGCAGAUGUUCAAGUCCGCGUGCCCCCGCUCGUACAGCUACGCCUACGACGACGCCACCAGCACAUUCACCUGCUCCGGCGCCGACUACCUCCUCACCUUCUGCCCCUCCGGCGCCACAGUCGGAAGGUAA